UGUCUCGUGAACGCGCACUCGUGUCCUGUGCACGCGCCCGGCAGCGCUGUGGGUGGUUUUCCUGCUCCGGUUCCGGAAUCUGGAUUAUUUUAUGAUCAGAAAUAACCGGAAUGCGGAUUUUCACACCGAGGAGUUCACACCGCGGGAGCAGCGCGUGCGCUUAAAGUGCAGAGACACUCCAACUGAGAGCUUUUGUUCACCGGGACAGCGCGCGCUCACAGUCUCUAUAUAGCUCUCUCUCUCUCUCUCUCUCUCACACACUCAAUCUCUCUCUCACUCACUCACACUCUCUCAAUCUCUGUCUCUCUCUCUAAAUCUCUCUCUAUAUCUCACUCACUCUCUCACACACACACUCUCUCUCUCUCUCUCUAAAUCCUUCUCUUUAUCUCACUCUCACACACUCACUCACACUGUCACACACACACUCUCACUCUGUCUCUCUCACACACACUGUCUCUCACACACACACUCGCUCGCUCUCUAUAUAUCUCUAUAUCUCUCUCUCACACACACUAUAUCUCACACUCUCUCCCACUUUCUCUCUCUCUCUCUCUCUCUCAUCAUGUCCUCCUCUGAACUGGAUUAUAUCCCUCCGUGGUGGAUUUAUUGGCUUCACCAGUUUCCUCACAUCAAUCUGAGACUCCAACAAAUCAACAACAGCUUCAACCCUCAGGAGGAAAACUACCAGCAGUCUCUGCUCUUCCUGGUGUGUGUAUCCUCGGCUGCGUUGGGUGUGAAUCUCCUCGCGCUCGCUCUCUAUCUGAGUUUCCUGUGCUGCUGUCGGAGGAACAGCGAGGCUGAUGAGGAGGAGACGAAGAAGCCGAGCUCACACUGUGUCACCUGGACAGCCGUCACUGCUGGACUUCUCAGCUGUAUCGCAGUUGGCGUGGGUUUCUAUGGUAACAGUGAGACCAAUGAUGGAGUGUAUCAGCUGACCUACUCCCUGUACAACACCAAUCGCACACUGGUGGGAGUGGAGAACCUGCUUUCGUCUACUUUGGGCGGGAUUCAGAGCGGGAUGAAGGAACACUUGUCCCGAUUGGACGAGAUAUUCGCCACGCGAGGUGACUUUGUUAAAUCGCUGACGUUUGUGCAGCAGAUGGCGGAGAACCUUAUUAAACAGUUGUUGGGUUUGCCGGAUUGGGACCGGGCCAAAGUGGAUCUGACGCACAUCGCUGACCGCACUGCGACUAUUGAGUACUACAGGUGGCUGACAUAUCUGCUGAUUCUGAUCGUUGAUCUGUUGAUCUGUCUGUUGGCGUGUCUCGGUCUGGCCAAGAAAUCACGCUGCCUUCUCACAACGAUGAUGGUGUUUAGCAUGCUAAUUCUGAUAGUGAGCUGGGCGUCUCUGGGAGUCGAUAUAGCAACAGCUGUGGGCGUCAGUGAUUUCUGUGUCUCUCCAGACAAAUUCAUCAUGAAUCAGACUAAAGACACAAUCAGCUCAGAUGUUGUUCAUUAUUAUCUGUACUGCAGUCAGACGCUUCCCAAUCCGUUCCAGCAGUUUCUCCUGCAGUCUCUGACGAUCGUCCAGAGAUCUCUGACCGCCAUGCAGAUUCAGGUUCAGGGGUUAUUACAGUUCGCCGUGCCGCUCUUCCCUACUGCUGAGAUUGAUCUCCUGGGUCUUAAGGUCGUGUUGAACCAUUCUGAGGCACAGCUCCAUCAGAUGACUGCUCUACUCGACUGCAGAGGAAUCAAUAAGGACUAUCUGGACGCUCUGAUGGGUGUGUGUUAUGAUGGUGUUGAGGGGUUGCUGUAUCUCAGUCUUUUCUCUCUGCUGUCCGUCACUGCAUUCUGCACCAUGAUGUGUGUGAUUCCUCGAGCCUGGAGACAAAUCAACAACCGAGAAGGGGAUUAUGGGGAUUUUGAUGACUCGGACCCUUUCAGCUCUCGAGCUCAGACUGAAAACUUGCACACUUUUUACAGCUACAGCAGCAGCCAGAACAGCCUUCACUCAGCACCGGCUCCGCCCUCCUCCAACAUGAAUCAGUCGUCAGUGUUUGGUGGACACGCCCGUUUUGAGGAUGCACCACUGAUAAACAGAGGCUCUCCUCCUCCCUCAUAUUCUCCCACUAUGCGAGCCAACUACCUCUCAAUGACAGAAGAUCAGAUGAGACACUUUGGCGACGACUUUAGGGCCUGAACUUCAUUACCCCCCCCCCCCCCCCCCCCCCCACACACACACACACACACACUGAGAACUGUGUGUAGUGGUGACAUGCAUGCGUGUGUGUGUGUGUGUUAUAUUUUGUUGAGGACCAAAAUGUCCCCAUAAGGAUCAGAAUAUCUGACAGUUUUGAUAUUGUUGGGACAUUUUGUGGUUCUUCACAAUGAAACUUUUUUUCCUUUUUUUUUUUUAAUCUGCAGCUUUUAUUUAAAAAAAAAAACUAAAGCCGAAACGCUUCCUUUUGGUUACAGACGUUAAGGCUGGUUUUAGAUUUGUCGUGUUAAUGAGCUGCAUUAAUAAUUAUAUCAGUAAAAAUCCUCACAAAGACAGUAGAGGUGUGUGUGUGUGUGUGUGGUCGUCACAAUCUCAGGACUCUGCUGUAAUGCAUUUCAGUCCUAUAACUACUGAAUAAUAAAUUUAUACAUGUUUUAAUGCAGCUGAAUAUUUUUACUAAAGUUACUGAAUGUGAUUUUUUUUAAUUAAUAUUUCUUUCAUUAAUGUUGUGAAACAUAAAAACACUAAACGCAUAACUGUUUUGGAUGAAAGAAGUUUAGUGAACUUAAUAAACGUUAGUGCAGUUGGCCAUCACACACUGAAGCCUGCGUUCACACUGGUGACGGAAAAUCGUUCGUUUUCUCCAUAAAUCUCGAAACGAUGUUUAAACAGCGAUGCUCUCAGUUCUAUGCAAAUUAGUCACGACUCUGUAAAGCAGCAGAUCCAAACAGAAUGAUUCCUCUGACUGAUCCUACUGUGUGUGUGUGUGUGUGUGUGUGUGUGUGUGUGUGUGUGUGUGUGCGCGAGACAUUUUCUUCAGUUUGCUGCUCACAACUUUAUUUCCUCCCCACAGUUCAAAAGAAAGAAUCUUCUGUCAUAUCCGAGCUCUUAUUAAAUGUGUGUAGAGAUCAUUAAUCAUUCGGAGGAGAAGUAAAGUCUGGAAUGAAGUAGCGGAGAUCGUUGGAGCGGCGGGUGAAGGUGCGUAGCUCGUCCAGUUAGCACACUUUUUGCUAAUCUAAUCUGAGAACAAAGUUGAGCGUGUAACACGUAAAUCACAGAAGUGAUUCCCACACGCAUUAGAGCGUUAUUUAAUUUAACUACAAUCGCUAUGGCCACUGGACAGGCCACGCCUACUAGUGACAUCACUAGCAGUCAAUACACACCUACAAGACACAAACUACAAGCAACAAUUUGCUCAACAUGGGCGUGCCUUUAUUGAGAGGCGCAGCUGUUUGUGGGAGAGGGCGGAGCUUAGGUUUCACCAUGUGACCACAAGCCUUUAUCACUUCCUCCUUUAGCUUGACGUGACGUGUAACACAAAAUGUUGGUUUUACACCUCGCUAGCCAGCUAAUGUUUAUCGUUUUAGCCGUUAGCUUGCUAAUUUUAACGCUGUCCUGCUGGAACUAGCGAUCUGCUGUUGCGUAGCUAAUCAACUGCGAUGAGGUUAUAAUUAUCUGAGAUGAUGUAGCUUCCACUCUACGCUCUUUACCUGUAAAAGCAGGAUGUGCAUUGCGACAUUACUGAAGUAAAAGAUGUGAUGAAGCAGCACAGAAAUGGCGUUCGGAACAACGAAUAUAAUCUUAUUUCUCCAUGGCUACGUCCUCAAACUGCACACUACUGUCCUACUGAUGCCGUUUAUCAUACAGCCCUGACUGGGGGAAACUUUCUGGUGGCUGAUAAACAUUUAAUUAGUAUUUAUCACCCCCUGGUGGUGGUGUAUUUUAAUACACUGAACUAGCGUAUGUAAUUUAGCUUCAUUGUCGCUGCUAAACACUAAUUACCUUGCCAAAUGUUUCUCCAGGUAAUAUAAUAAUGGAAUGUUUAAAUACAACAUUUUAUUCAGGUUUUGGGGGAAAAAGUCUACUAUAAACUAUUUUGUGCAGUUGGGUCGUAGCUACAACUGAUAAAGCUUGCUAGCUGCUAAGUGUUUUGCUAUCGAGCUAGCAUUGGGUUCUAAUUAUUAUGCAGCAGGGCUGGAUCUUAUUUAUUGCCCUGUUUACUGUAGUCGUCAUUAAGGACAUCGUGAACAUGUUGUGUGGCUCUCUGAGGAUACGCUGUCAGAAAUAAACGCUCUGUAGGAAUCAGUCUCUUUUGUAGCUUUAAGCCUGGAUUAUAAGUGCGAUUAUUGAUGUUUAUGUAAACGUGAGGAGGCAUUCGGGGUGUGGCUUGUACACAUCCUCGGAAAUUAGCGCUAUAUGUGACACAAAAUCUUGAAAGUACAACCCAAACCACAAUGAAAAUAUAGUUUGGUACCUUUUUAUAUCCUGGAGUGUAGCAUCGUCACGGCACUUAGCUCGCUAGCUAACACAACACUGCUUCCUGAAUUCACAUAAUCAUGACUUACAGCCCCUCCCCCCCAAUGUUUUUCCAGAUUUUCACUUAACAUUUACAAAAUGUGACUAAAGAAUUUUUGUGUUGAAACAAUUCCAUAUUUUUAAAUAUUUUAUUAACUUGUUACUAGCGUUUUGUAAAUAACUUGUAUAAUAACGUGGUGUUUACUUUUUUUUACCUUCCUUCACAAUGUGCCACAGUUGCUCAAAAUGGAGCGACUCCAGUGUGUAGCCUUAGACUGAAAUUAGUUGUGUAAUAAAGUCCUGCUGAGGCACGUUAAUCUGUUUCAAGGCGUGUUUCACUCAGACAUGCUAACAAGGCUAAGUCUAUUAACCGUUAGAAUAGUUAGCAUGAAUGCUAAAUUGUUGAUUCCUUACGAGCCACAUAUCUCACAUGGCUCAGUUAACGGCAUUCGAACGAUCUGCCGUGGACUUUAAUUUACUGCUCACAACAUUAACAUUCCAGUUUAAUGAGGAACAUAAGUUAGCAUGAUGCUAAAUCAUUAUUAAUGAUCGUUAACUCAUUGCAUCCAGCAAUAAUAUUUUUGUUACUAAAAGUAAAGAUUGUGAUUAAAAUGAGAUCAUGUAAUUUGUUACCAUGACGUUCAAACAUCAGUGACGUUUAAUUCAUUAUUAACCUUUUUUGAAGGUUUCUUUAUUCCUUUUUAAUUUCCUUUAUUCCUCAGUCUAACAGGGUGCCAGGUGAAUUGACCUUCCUAGCAUGACGCUAACUAACUCGUAGCGAACUACCGAGUCGGAAUUAGUGUCUGAGUGAGAAUUCCUUUCAUCCGCCGCCGUCUUCCGGUUACAGAGUUUGUGCUGUUCCUCUCCAUGAAAUGCCGAAUGUUCGGUGAAACUUUUUUAAAUGUUACUUGUACGUAUGUUGUGUUUGUUUUUAUUUAAUAAUGUUUUAAUACAUGUGUGUGUUUCCUGUGUCUGUUCAUAAUAAAACUGUUUGAACACAA